UUUCUUUUUCCAAGACAACGAAAAAAGUUGUCCGAGAAUAUAUGCAGUCGCGUUACCGGUUAAAUAGUACCACAUUUUGGGGUAUUAAUUGAGUAAAUUGAGUUUGGAUCAGUCAGCUGCAGUUUCAGCUCAUUUAUUCGUGCAGCCUCUCUACCCUAGGUAGGACGACGAAAGCUCAGCAGUACUUUCUGACUUGAUGUAAUUUGUGUAAUCGGUUGUAUAGGACCUGUUUUUCUUCGCGGGCCUGUGUGAUACUCAAGCCAAGCUGGAUGCCUUUCAAGUGAACGCGAUGGAGCUGCAGACCCUUCAGAGUCAACUUAAAAGUGCCAUCCAGAACCAUCAGAUCGUGCUGUCAAAAAUGCGCAUUGAUCCUCAGAAUUCGGCCCUUCAGAGGCAGCUACACGAUCUGCAAGCCGAAAUCCUGACGCUGAGCGAGCAGCAAAAACAGGUGGUUCAGCAACUGAGGACAGAGCUUGAGCGGAAGCAAAGUUCAGCUGUGCUGAAGCUUUCUCACAAUGCACAACUCCUGCCCAGGGGUGUGCUGGGUGGUACAGGUGUCCCGGUGAAGCUGCAGGCAGCCCUAAAAGGGGGACCAGGUGGUGUGCUCCUGCCACAGGUGGUGGUGGUUCCGAGCUGCAGUGGAACCCCUCAUGGAUCUCCCACUCUGCUGACCCCGUCGAUACGUGUGCCCCAAUACCCGCCUUGCGGCCAGCGUUUAACUCCACAGCAGCCACUGGUGCAGGCCCAGCAUCAGCAACCCCAGCAUCAGCAUCCCCAGCAGCAGCAUCAGCAAUCUCAGCAGCAGCAUGCCUUGGUUGCCACUGUCCCUCCCGUGCCACGGGUCCCGAAGUCCUGCGUUGCCGUGCUUGUACAAGCAAGCAGCAUCAAUAGCACGUCUGCGGGACUGAUGGUGCCAAACCUCGGAACCAACGUUGUCCAUGGCAAUACCCAUACCACCACUGCCACAACAACGGCUGCCGCCACCAAUGGCGUCUGUGGAACAGGUGCGACCACAACUGUGACGGUUACGGCUGCAACGCCUGCACCUGUGCCCACUGCGGCUGUGGCUCCUCCUCGCAAGAAUGUGCCUCUGGGUCCCCCUCCUCCAAGUGCCCCUCCACCACCUAAGGAGGACCAUCAGAAGCUGGAACUGCUUGGUGCCUUGGGCCUGAUGACCCGGGAGGCUCUGCGCGAGCUCCAGCAUCGUCGGGGAGAGCGCAAGCGGCGCACCACUGCCAACCCCCACUUUUCUAGCGCUGCUCUGGAGGAGAAGCGGCGCAAUGCACUGCUCCUGAUUGGCGAGAACAUGGCCUCCGGCAGGAAAUGUCAAAAGGUGCGAUCACGCCUUGGCUCAUCCACACCUAGUUCACCAGAAGCAUCUUCGAAUGAGACCACGCCCAAUGGCCACCCGUCUCCGCCCCCUGGUAGCGAUGUCACCACAAAGAGAGAAGAAGCACCAGUGCUUGUGAAUGGAGACGUGUUGCAAGGCUGUAAGAAAAGUACUCCUGAAGAUCAGGUCACAGAUAACUCCUUGGGCUGGGUCAGUGACUACACCCUACUCAAAAGUGCCAAAGCAGAAGAAAAGCAGAAGCUGCUGAAGAGAAGUCUGGAACUGAAAGCCGAGCGCAUGCAGCUAGAAGCAAAGAAACAGCAGCUGUCUGAGAUCAUCGUUAACCAGCAGAAACGACGCCUGGAGCUGAAGCUUGCCCUGCAAAAUGUUCAGAACUCAUUGGAGAAGUUUGAGCGUGUUGUGAAACUCUUUAAAGAGGCCUCUUGAUGAGACCGGUGGUAGAGAAAGAGCGGGAGAGCUGCUGCAUCCCUGUGAAGUUUCUUUCCUCAUUUGGUGCGAUUUGGAAGAAGAGAUAGCCUCCUCUUGUAAGUCCCGCCCACUUAGCUGUACCAACCUCUCAGCCGACCCACUCAGGACUGCCUCCUGCGCCACCUGUUGAGUCUACACGGCAGGUGCCGCAUGUCACUGUGCACGGGGAGACCUAACCCUCGCUGUUUGUGGUCGCGGAUGGUUUGCCAAUGGGAAAAAGGAGGCAGCGCUUCGCACUACAAUUUCGGGCACUGUGCGGUGUUUGUGCGGGCAUACGUGUAUGCGAUCGAGUGUGUGAUGGAGCGAAGGAAUGAUGUAGAUACCACGAAUGGUGAUGUGUUCAUGUGUACUCCGUGAUUUGGCUCUGAUCGUGCGAGAAGAACUGCUAGCUUUCUAGUCAUCUGUGCCGGGCACCGUUGUGGGCCGCGGGUUUUCAGAUAUUGCCAUUCCACGGAGGUAUCCAGCUGCGUCUGCCUGGAUUUUUAAAUGUGCUUUGAAGUGUACAAGAACAGUGCGGCUAAUAUAAUGAUUUUUGAUUUCUGCAUGCAUGCUUCUACUUUUUUUAUAUUUUUAUCACUUUACCUUUACAUGGGGAGAGAUCUUGCUAUAGAGGGGUGCGUGUCUGUUUGGGGGAAAAAGUUGUUUUCUCACUAAAAAUUAUGCAACACUGUUUUUUUUUUCUGAUACCUUUUUUUUUCUUAUGAUUUACAGUACUAUUGGCAGAAAUUAAAAUUAAAAUUUAGGCUAGGUUUAAAACCUAAACCUUAAAAUAUAUAACAACAUAAUAAAUCCUUUAUGUUCCUAAGGGUGUCUCGGUUUUCUUUGUUUCGUUUUGUUUUCGCAAAAUGUAUCAUUUUAUGCUAUGCUUGCAAUGUUUUUGUUGUGCAGAUCAUGGUGUGAAAUGUUUCAUCAAAAGUUACCGGAGAAAGAGCAUGUAUGCAUGCACCUAUUCGCUACCAUGCCAAAGCUUAUUUAUGUGUUGAAGGUUUCUGGAAUGGAGUAAUAACAGCUUAUUGUUGACUUUAUACCACCAGAUAAUCCGAGAACUGUUUUUAAUGCACACCUGAUAGACCGUUGGCAUUGUAAGGUGCAGACAUGAGCACGCCCACGCAUAUUCCUCCUACUUUGCAGAGUGUUGAGAUUUAAUAUGCCAUCACUGCUACUUGCCGAGGUAUGUUUCACAAUGUACAACAGCGGGACUUCGAUAUGUGCAUAUCUUGCCCUCUCUCAUCAUUGUAAAGUUGCAAAAGCUCAAGCCUAUAGAAGGGGGGUGGGGCUGCAAUCAGCAUUGACAGUAAUUGUUGUGUGUCUGUAACACGUUAACAGCUGUUGGCCACACGAUAAUUUUAGCAACUAAUGAGCAACUCAUGUUUAUUAUUUGCAGUGUUUUUGCAUUUGAUUGUUGGCUGUCUUAGCCAUUUUGAACUGUUUACAUGUCUGGGUUGAUAAACAGUGAGUAUACAAGUGAAGGCCUGACAACAGGGUCUUAUUUUGGUUCUUAUGAAUGAAUGUUUUGUCUAUACUUUGCUGGUUUUUGAGGCCUGAUUUGUCUUCAUACUGUUCACAGUUCAAAUAUUGAUCUUCCGUGAACUCCUUCAUGCAGUCUGUGUGCGAACACAGAAAUCUUGAGAGCUGAUAGUUGUGUGAGAUUCAGCAUAAUAAUUAAUGCAUCGUCAUUCAGGGUAUGACAGUUGACACUGCGACCCCCACCCCCUCCGCUUGAUUUUCAUUGUCUGGUUUUUAGAUUUUCUGAUUGUGCUUUAGUGCUUGUCAUUUUUUUUGUCAGUUUUAAUUUAUUUGAGAAAGUCGGUAUUCACAGAGAUUGAUCUGAAGGCCAACAAUGCUUGCCAGGUGGACUACUGUGUGCCAAAUAAGGCUUGCAUUUGACUUGUGCGACCACCUGACGCCUGCAACUUUUGAUGCGAUGAAAAAUGCAUGUUUUGGACCCUGCUCUAGUGUCAUAGUGCUGCUAUAUUGAGACACAUAGUGUUUUUACGAUUUCUUUUCACAACUUUAUAUGAACACAAGAUUGCUGGUAGGACCAAGAGGCAAUGUUUACUGAAUCUGUGUUUCAUAUCAGCAGCUAGUCAUUGCCUAUCAACUCUGCCCAGUGCUUUAUCAAAUAUGUAGCUAGCCAAUUGUAAUAUGCUUUUUUACUUAGCAGCAUCUUGCAAAUAAUAUGAAAAACCUUGGUCACAGUUCUGAAAUGGAUGGCUACUGUUUUUAACUUGGCUUGUUAAGCAGCGUUGGUGAAACUCAUUUUCUUAGCAGAACAUUUUAGAGAGCUUAGCCUGCCCGCCACACUAGCAACACAGCACCGCAUUAGUUUAAACAGAACUGCUGCAUGGAGCAGUACUAUAAUCUAUCCAAGCCAGAGUACAGCGAAAUGUUUUGCUCAGCAGACCAAAUGUCCUUUUCCGAAAUGGUGUGCUGAUUACAGUAUCAUGAGUUUAGGGUGCAGUAUUGGACAACACUUUCAGUGAAUGAUCUAGUAUGUUAGCACAUGGGCGAGACAGAUUAUUGAUAACUGUCAGACUACAGGGUGCUGUUGUGCUGUAUUAACUGAAUGACAAGUAGGCUUUUAAGAUUUGAAUGAAUGGGAACUAUGCAUUAUGCUUGCCAUUUCUUGAAUUUGAGCAUUGUGCUGCAGUUGUCAUGCUUGCCACAACUUGUAAGCCAACUUUAAAUUUAUUGCAUUGCUUGUUAAAAAUAUGAAAAUAACCUAAUCUUUCAAAUCUAAGCAACUGCUUUCUUUUCAGGAUUAAGGUGCUUCAGAAAAUUGUGCAAGAAUAUUUUUUGUAAUAUAAGCCAUUGCCAUUUGUGAAGGAAUCAUAGAAAAGUCUUUAAAAAAAAAUCUACAUCUGCAGUUAUGUUUGGCACAAUGAAAUGAAUGCCAAAUCCAAAUUGUUCCCUUUGCUGACAGUGUAAUAUGGUUAAUCGAUUGAUUAACGAGAGAGUCAAUACUUUAGAGUUUUUUUUUCUAAAUUUUUUUUUUAAUAAGGCAUUUCCUACCCAAAUAUAAUAUGACUCCAUUUGAACCUAAGUAACUUUCUUAAAUUUUGUCAUCAGUAGUGAUAAAUGAAAAAUGGUAUAGUUCUAAAGAAAGAAGAAGUUGCAUAAUUUUGUUGUGCCUGUUGUCAUAUUUGACCACUUUCAUGAAUGCUGCAUUUGCUGGGCAAUACGUGGUUGCUGAAGGGGCAAGUUGAUUUUCAAUGGAGAAAGAAGUUGUAAAAUCAAGAGACUGAAAACAAAGACGAAUACGUGCAUCGUUCAGGAGACCUGAAACAUCUUUUCGCUGACUGUGCCUGCUAAUGAAGUGUACCUCUUUGUGAGCAUGUACCAAAAAAGUUCUUGAAUGUUCUGUGUAUUUUCAAAAUGAUGCCAACUCUCGCAAGCCCUGCUUCUUUUUUUGUUGGUUGAACUUGCCCAGCGGUGUUUCGCCGCAUGGUUCUAUCUGAUAUUUCAGAUAGGCGCAGUAAUAGUCUUGCCAGCUACUAUUGGGUAGUGUGGCUGCCCUGUCAAUAAUGAGAAUUCUUUUGCUCGCAGGAUACAUUGUUUGACUAAGGCAUCAAAACACAUCCAGGCACCAGUCAUUGUGUAUUUACGUAUGCGAAAUAAUACAAAAGGUUCAUGGACCUUAGGGAAGUCAAAGGACUCCUUGCCAUUUGUUGAGUUAAACAAGGCUUUCUUGCUUUACUGGUGCAUGCAGGUGUUCAUGUUCUCAUUGUGAAGUAACUUAGCUGGUUGAUUAUGUUCAAAAGGUGUUGCAGGAACCCUAUGAGGCACCACCCGUUAGAGCUGAAUUUCAGAGCUGAAUUUUUCGCUUGUGUGUACCAUCGGUCAUUUUGAAUUCUCUUUAUUUGGCAGAUUUGGUUGCAGUUUUUAAACCAAGGCUCAUUAAGGUCCUGUGCUUCUAUUCAUAUAAAGCAGAGAAUGCUGCAUAGGCUACGGAGCUUUCUCACCCGAACAAUAAUGCGUGAAACAUGAAAAGAAAGGGGUAUGGAUAGUACAGCUACAUGUGAUACUAAAUCUCAUUUCCUUGCACUGCAAAAUAGGUUGUAAUUAUUUUUUGGGAGGUGUUCUAGAGACUGUUCACCAUCAAGUGAAUGAAACAACAUGCUAAAAAUUAUUCUUUAAGAAUUAUCACAAAUCCGAAACCUAUGCAUUUCCAGAGUCCGUGUAAGGAGACUUUAUAACAGCUGUAUUGCUGCAGCUUCCCCAACAUUGUGUGCCAAGUAUGAAAUACAACGGGAUAGAACACUGAUCACCAAUGACAAGUUCUACUUGGACGAAACACUGAGAAUUUGUUAUGUAUUUUCUGGCGGACUCGACUGCUUGGUUUCACAGUGUUCAUUGAAUUUUCUGUUACUUUUGUGUUUCGUUUGGACUACGCUACACAACUUCCUCGUUCAAUUAGUCUCAGCUGCCUGUAAUCACUGAAAUCAGUGUGACCAAGAACACUUGUGCUUCUAGGCACAUUUUCUCAUCGUUGUUUUUGAAUGAAUAGGCAGGCAGAAAUGUGGUCACUGCUGUCAGUGGGUGUUGAAUGUGAUGCUGCACAAAAGUGGACAUGGUGUAAAAAGUAGUUGAUU